CGCUUGAUGCUAGUGGCGCAAAGUUCCUCCUCUCGGUACCGAAAGAAACAGCGGAGAAACGUCUUUUUCACUCAUUUUUUGUUGUUGAACCGCUCUUGAAGACAACCGAAGCACCCGAAAUGUCUCCCGAUUUCUGCGCAGAAUCACCUCUGAAGAAGAAGCGGAGCUCGCGUGAAAACACAGACUGAGAGCAUCAGCAGCGGUUAGCAGGGACGUUUUGUUUAGUGUUUAGUUUAGUUUUUAAUAUUUUUUUGUUAGCUCUGGUCCGAGUGAAGACACUAACACGAUGGCUUUUUUCGUGAAAAAGAAGAAAUUCAAGUUUCAGACCCAUCUGACGCUGGAGGAGCUGACCGCUGUGCCUUUUGUCAACGGAGUUUUGUUCUGCAAGAUGCGGCUGCUGGAUGGAGAUUUUGUCGCUACUUCUUCCAGACAGGAGGUUCACGAGAACUGUGUUCGCUGGAGGAAGAGGUUCACCUUUGUGUCCAAAAUGAGUGCCAAUCCCCACACCGGCGUCCUGGAUCCUUCUGUCUGCAGGGUGUCAGUCAGAAAGGAACUCAAAGGAGGAAAAGCAUAUACGAAGCUGGGCUUCACAGACCUCAACAUGGCGGAGUUUGCGGGCUCUGGCUCCACCGUGCGCUGCUGUCUGCUGGAGGGAUACGACACCAAGAACACACGGCAGGACAACUCCAUACUGAAGGUGAUCAUUGGGAUGACCCUCCUGUCUGGAGAUCCGUGUUUUAAAACGCCUCCCAGCACAGCAAAGUCCAUCUCCGUCCCCGGGCGAGAACACACCCUGCAGCUGGACUGUAAGGGGGAGGGGACAGCCGAGCCCGGGCCUGCUGGAGGGGUCUCUCUGGGCCGAGCCGCCAAGCCUCGACCCUCCAUCAUCAGUUCAGGUCUCCUUGAAGAAUCAGAGGUAAACCAGUCCGUUCCUGCAGAAAUCUUCCAGUCUGGUCACUCUCGUAACUCCAGCUACGCCAGCCAGCACAGCAAAAUCUCAGGCUACAGCACCGAGCACUCCUGCUCCUCCAGCCUGUCGGACCUCACACACCGCAGGAACACCUCGACAGGAAGCAGCACCUCCGGAGGUUUAGGCUUCACUGCAGAGACGCCUACAGAGGGAGACAAGGACGCCGGACGUCCAGAAAGACCUCCUCGACCCCCGCGGCCUGUCUUACCAACAAACAGGCCUCCCAGGAGGAAGCAGGACUCAGUGGAGAGUCAGCCCUCCUGGGUAGACGACACUCGCAUCGAUGCCGACGACAUCGUGGAGAAAAUUGUCCAAAGCCAAAACUUUGCAGAUAUCAACAACACUGAAGACAGCAACCUGCGGCUGUUCGUCAGCAGAGACGGGACGACUGCGCUCAGCGGCAUCAGGCUCGGGAACAGGGUGUCUGCAGGCGGGUACGAGCCCGUGGUGAUAGAGAGCCAUUAAACCGAGCGGCGGGAAGAGGCGGACGUGUUGACCUGUGGAUGUUGGAUCGUCUCGUCUUCUGUCUCGCUGGUUUUCCCGGAGCUUCAGCCGGUCUGACGCCGUCGGGGGGAAGAAAUUGC